AUGGGUCCUGAGGGUGAAGAGGCCCUGUGCAGCUGCCCUGGUGGUGACCGCCUGCAGGUGGCACUUCGAAUCCGCCCGCUCAAUGACGCAGAACUGGAGGAGGGAGCCGCAGUCAUCGCCCACAAAGUGGGGGACCAGAUGGUGGUGCUCAUGGACCCCGGCGAGGACCCUGAGGACAUGGCGCGCACACACCGGUCCCGGGAGCGGACCUUCAUCUUCGACAGGGUGUUUGACCAGCACGCAUCUCAGGAAGACGUGUAUGGGGCCACCAUCCAGCAUUUGGUGGAAGGCGUCAUCUCUGGGUACAACGUGACAGUGUUUGCCUAUGGCCCCUCAGAUACUAUCAAGGGUGCGGGGAAGACCCACACCAUGCUGGGCGUGGACGCGGAGCCUGGCAUCUACCUGCAGACCCUCACUGACCUCUUCCAGGCCAUUGAGGAGACCCAGGACACCACGGACUAUAGCGUGUCCAUGUCUUACCUCCAGAUUUAUAAUGAAGUGAUCCGGGACCUCCUGAACCCAUCCUCGGAAUUUCUGGACCUCAGGGAAGAUUCCAGGGGCAGCAUCCAGAUUGCAGGCAUCACAGAGGUCUCCACCUCAAACGCCCACGAGAUCAUGCAGCUCCUCACCAAAGGCAACCAGCAGCGCACUCAGGAGCCCACGGCCACCAACAAGACAUCAUCCCGCUCCCACGCCGUGCUGCAGGUCACUGUGCAACAGCGGAGCCGCAGCACAGACCUGGUGGAGGAGGUGCACGUGGGGAGGCUCUCCAUGGUGGACCUGGCAGGCUCGGAGCGGGCAUCCCAGACGCAGAACCCAGGCAGGAGGAUGAAGGAGGGCGCGCACAUCAACCGCUCGCUGCUGGCCCUGGGCAACUGCAUCAACGCGCUCAGCGAGAAGGGCGGCACCCAGGCGCAGUACGUGAACUUCCGGGACGGCAAGCUCACGCGCCUGCUGAAGGAUGCCCUGGGCGGGAAUAGCCGCACAGUGAUGAUUGCCCACAUCAGCCCAGCCAGCACCUGCUUUGAGGAGUCUCGGACCACACUGCUGUACGCCUACAGGGCCAAGAACAUCAAGACCAGCGUGAGGCACGGGCGUUUGGACUUCAGAUUUCUAAUCCCAAAGCUGUCUCAUGACACAGAGGAGGACAGCCACCUACAGAUGAACAAGAUCCGGGCACAGCUCAUCGGGGCCUUCAAGGAGCAGAUGGAGAUGCGGCGCAGCCUGGUGGAGCUGGAGAACACCAACAUCGAACUGCACAUGGAUGUGUCCCGCCACCUGCUGACCAUUGCAGACUGGGAGCGGGAGAAGACCCAGCGCCGCACCCACAGGGACAGGGGUGAGCUGGAGAAGGACGAGGAACCGGCGGAGGCUGAUGCCGACGGGGAUGAGGACGAGGCCUCAGGGCCGCACGAGGUGGCGCUGGCCAAAGAGGAGGUCAACCUGCUGUUAGCUGAGCAGUGGAAGACUGCGGCCCUUAAGGCCAGGCUGGAGCAACGCCUGGUCCACGCCAAGAGGAAGGCCUCACAGAUGGAGAGGCUGCUGCCCAGGCGGGUCACCAGCGAGGACCAGCGGGAGGUGCUGCGGCUGCUGUGCAGGGCGCACGAGCUGGAGGUGGAGAACACGGAGCUGCAGGCCGACAACCUGUGCCGCAAGAACCUGCUGUGCCAGAAGGACUUUGUGAUCCAGCGCUACCACCAGCACCGGCUGCUGUGUCAGCAGCUGAUCCAGGAGCAGCGGCGGCUGAUCCAGGACAGUGGCCUCCUGGUGCUAGAGCCCCUGGAGAAGCGGUUCCGCCUGUAUUCCCAGGAGCUGGGUGAAGGCACGCUGACCCACCUGCUGCUGCUGCACUCGCUCAUGUCCAGCUCCCUCCGGGACGGUUCUGUUCUGAAUCUGUCUCCCGCGCCAGAGGAGUCUAGGCGAGACCAGCCAGAUGACAGGAAGGACCUGCCAUGGGGAGCCCAGUUUGAGCUACCUCCAGUGCUCCUGGAGAGGGACAGGGUCAUGGAUGUCAGCAUCAGUGCCACAUGGGGCCAUGGGAGAGCAGGAGAGAAGCUUCCGGAAGGAGGGGACUCUCCUUCAGCAACCAGCUCAAUGCUCCUGGUGGCUGCAGGCAUUCCUGGCUCGUGGCUGCACCGCUCCAAUGUCUGCCCUUGUUAUCACAAGCCGAGUGCCCUGAGUGUGAAGAGUCUGGUCUCCAAGCUGUACCCCUUGGGCCUGAAGCCAAGCACCUCGAGGCUGGCUGGGGAGGCUGGUGGCCCAGCCCUGAGUGCUCAGGCCCUCCAGGAGAUGGCCAAGGGCACCAAGAGCAUCGCCCUCAUCGCAGCCACUCGGCGCUCCAAGGCACACGACCGGGAGGGCAGCAGCGGCUGCUCCUCCCGCCACCUCCUGGAGGAAACGGCCCUGGACUCCAGGGACCCGAAGUCAAGCACCACCCCAGACCCCAGCCUGGCAGACAGAAGGUGGCCCCAUGCCGGCCCGUGCAGGGACCGCUCCAUGGAGAGGAAGGCCAGGAAGAAGCAGUCACCCUCCCUCCCUGGGAGCGUGCAGCCAGCGAGGGAGAAGCUGCUAUCCCCCCGCAGGGAGCAUUUGGUGGAGAGUCAGCCGCCCCCAGCACUCCUUCAGCCGUCAAAGUCAUCAGGAAGGAGCUUUGUCCCUGCUGUCCCUGCGGCCUCCAAGAUAAAACCCAGCCUCAGUUUCCACGCAGAUUCAUGGGUGUCAGUGCUCCUUGAAGGGUGUCCACCAACUUGCACCAAGGGAAGCACAGAAGUUGAGAAGAUCUAUGGGGCAAUUUGA